UAUGCUGUUUCUUCAAGAUAGUAUUCCCUUGAAAUCCAUUUGAUUCUGUGCGGUUUUUUACUAAACAAUCUUGCUAGAUUUUUUAAAUCUCCAAUAAAUAGAUGAAUUCAUGAUAGGCCAACACUUUUUUCCAGGAUGGGUAUGUGACUCAUACAAGUUCUUCUAUGAUCUUACUACAAGUCGUUUUAUUUUCUACAAGGUAAUCAUAUAGUUUGAUCGAGUAUUCGCGUAGCAAAAAUGUCGGUCGUUCCUGAGAGUCCUGCUCCUGUUGCAGUGGAAGCUCCUUCAGCCGAAAAGGACGGAAAAGCGUCGAAGGUGAAGGCUUUCCCGCCAUUUCCAAAGUUGGCUGCGGAUGAGUUUUUGCACACCUCGGAAGCUUGCACAGAGGGGCAGCUUGAUAAGCUCUGCGAUGUGAUUUGCGACGAUAUCCUGCAGGUACUAGAGACAUUUGCGUAUAGAGUACUUGAGCCGAGAAGACAUUGGGGCGCACCGAGGUGCUGGAAGCUAGCGCCGGGACAGCUGAAGAGGAAACACCAGAGGCAGGCCGGCGCAACAUGCUACACGGGAGCGCGCCGCUGGUGCAGCGCACGGCCACGCGCAGGGCGUGGCGUGCCAAGAGAUGGAAAACUGGCGGGACCGGAAGGACAGGAAGCGCUGCGCCACCGUGCGAGCAUCGACUGACACAGUCCCGGCACAAACGGGGGCGCAGCUACGUAUGGGCCAGAUGGGACAACACAGACGGCCCGCGUAGUGGCGAGGCACGAGCUCCGCCACGACGAAGAAUCGUUCACGUAUGCGCAUUUGUUUGCAUUUGCAGACAAAUCGGCAAUCGUCGCACCGUGUCCACGCGGGCGCCGCGCAUUGGCGACAGGCCAAGAUAUGCCUGCGAGCUCGUCGCGCAACCAUCACCGAUGGCAAGACCGCCAACCUCGCAUCUCAUGAUCGUCAGCCUCGUCCCAGGUUGCCGCGCGCCUUGUUUCUUGAUAACAGCGGCGGGGCGCGCCAGGGGACAGCAAAGGGGCGGGGCGUCUUGGCUAGAAAAUGAACGCAGCAGGCAGCUGGAUGAAAGAACGACCGGCGCCCCUGGUGCAGCGCACAGCCACGCGCAUGGUGUGGCGUGCCAAGAGGUGGAAAACUGGCGGGACCGGAAGGACAGGAAGCGCCGCGCCACCGGAGAACGCUCCGUGGCUGCCAAGCGGGCCAGGGGACAGCAAAGGGGCGGAGUGUCUUGGCUAGAAAAUGAACGAGGCAGGCAGCUGGAUGAAAGAACGACUGGCGCCCGCGCCUCUAUCUACGGAGCAGGGACCUACUCAGAGUCAAACCCUCAGCGCAUACACUCACCAGCAAAGCAGGAACCCCGGACCUUGUCGGCACCUUUGGGCGGGGCCCCACAGGCUUGAAAACUGGGCCACGCGCCCACCUGCUGGGGCAAACUUUGCCGCUUUGCCAGACAAGCGGGCCCCGGAAUUUCACGAGGGAGAAAGGCAGGGCGCAGGCGACAGACGCCGGCGCACGCAGGUGCGCCGCCAAAGGUAUGCGCCAAGUCUGCCGCUGGGUAGCUCAGCAGGGGGCGAGACGGUGCUGGACUUGGUGCGCAACUUGGUGCGCAGGCUGGUGAUAACCUUGGCGCGCAAGCUGGUGGGCGAACUUCGAGCGUGAGCGGCUUGCUUCCGGAUGGCCUCCAUGAUUACGCUGACGGCCUCCCUCAGUGGGGCAGCUCGGCUGACUCUGACAGAUGGGGCGCUGGCCACCUUGUUGGGCUUUCUCGGUCUCGGUAGGCCUCCGGGGUGCAUGGUGCGGCGGCUCCAACAGCUGCGUGCGGCUUCUUUCUUAGUGGUGAUUUGGAAAAAAGGGACACAGUUCGGAGCCCAGUGCUGCACUCCCUUAGGGUCGUAGAUGAACAGCUCGCCACCUUCGUAGGGGCCAAGUGAAUCAAUGAGCAGCAAAAAGGUCCGAAGGCUUGGGCGGUUGGCUCCGCGCGCUCCCGUCGGACCUCUCGCCUACACAGGAGAAGAACUGCCGUGGCCGGACGGCUGGAGUAGCCCCCGCGCCAUCUUCGUCCAGUAGUGCUGCGCCUCCAGUGGCUGGCCUGCUCAAGCCGCUGGCUUAAUCUUUCGCGUGGCUUGGUUUCUUUCCUCGUUUUGUUGGUCAUGGCGAUCGCGAAGGCAGGCCCCCCGCGCCGUGGUUGCUUUGUGAUACAUAGCCGCGUGGGGGGCUGUGUGGUGCUCAGAUGGUAGUGGUCGGCCGUUCUUCUUUCCAUUGGUGGCCUGGCUGCGGGGCUGGGUUCCUGUCAGUGUGCAUCCCUGCCAGCUGACCGCGGCUUCGCUGCUUUCCUUCGCCCUUAUCCGUUUCGUUGUUGUUGAGUCCGUCACAUCUUUUCGAACAGAUUGUUUACUUAAUUGGCCCAUCUCCUUCUGCAGGCAUGCCUCUUCUUGGACGCGCACGCGCGUGUGAACAUCACUGCUAUCGUGAAGGCGAGAAUGGUCGUAGUAUCGGGUGAGGUCGCAAUCAAGGCAACGCUCGACUAUGACAUGUUAGUGCGGAAGACCCUGCAAGAUUGCGGAUAUGAUUCCGAGGAGAAGACCGGAAUCGACUUCCGGUCGGUGAAUGUAGUGAUAGCGAUUUCGGAGCAAUCACCCGAUCUCACUUCGGCACUCAAUCUUAUGAUGAAGGUUUUUUACGGUCUACAACUACAUUGUCUAUGUAUUGGCGAGUCAAAGAUGGAAUACGCAGCGACAGAGGCUACAUUGAUAUUGAAGUUCGGUAGCAUAGUAAAUUCGUUGUAGUUAAUAUUCAUACAUGGCACUGCUGGAGCUGUCGUGGCUGCUCUGCAGUGCUGGAACUGUCGUGGCUGCUCUCCAAGUCUGGUGUACACAAAAUACCGAGAAUCCGAGCCUCCAUUACAAUCACACGCUUAUUGAUUCACCAUCAUCUCCUUUAUUUCCUUAUCCUUUCAUUUCUUUCUACUACGGCGGAAGUGGUGGCACGAAGUUUUCUGAGGAAAGCAUAGCGAUGCCAAAUGGCGAGUUCGCUUCAGCAACCGGCUAUGCGACAGAUGAGACUCCGGAUUUCAUGCCUGCUUCGUGGAAGUUAGCGACUGCCUUGGUACUAGAGCUUAUCCUUCAGGUUAUACUUACACACUUGCAAGCAAGAUGUGGUGAUGAAAUUCUGGAUGACGAUAGUCCUACUUGAAGAGAUGUGGUACUGAUAUUGAUGAUGGCUGUUUGAAAUUACAAUACGCUUUCUGUAGCUGGCAUGCAAGUGCGACUCCUGUGACUGUCUUGAAGAUUCUGUGUAAGCUUGAGGUUUUUCAUAGUCUAUCUUGCUACAAUCUGGCACAUUCACAUAGCCGUGAUCCUUCACAUGAACUGUAGGCACGGCAACUAAGUGCGUCGCGAAGGGGUGGGUCAAUAGGCUGGCUCAAGCCAAACGGAAAAGUCCAAGUAACUAUGCGGUACAGAAAACGAAAAGAUGGUGGUCUAGAAUUAAGGCGUUUGGUAAUUCACCUUCACAGACAGGAGAGAUGCUUUGGUUCGCAGUUAGAUCUUCAGCUUCACAAGAAGAAAGUUAUUUUGUGUUGCCAUCUUCACAAAAUUACUUUGAUUCUCAGUUAUUUCUUGAAAAAUAGCACCCUUCUGAGGAAAUGAUCUUAUAGGAGAUGAAGUAAGUAUAAAGAUUUCGUAAGUAGCUGCUCUAAUGAACCCUGUUGACGUUUUCCGGAUUGCAGUUCACAAUAGCGGUUGGGAUCCAGCAACCUCACUCCCCAAGAUGCAGGAGGACUUGAGGCAAAAGGUAGAACUCCUUUCGUUAUAGGAGUGGGAUGUUACUCGAUGAUCGCUUAUCUUUCUUAUUCAGUGCUUGUUUCUACUCUUACAUUUCUUGUUUCUUUGAUGACAGAUAUUGAACUUGUUUCAGGUAGUCGACGUCGUAGUUGGUACCAAGACGGGACCGCCAGCGAUGGCAGAAAGCUCAGCUGAUGCUGGGUCCGCGGAAAAAGGUACAUUUGUUACCAUCAAGUAUUUAUUACCAUCUAGAAUUCAUGAUACUUCAUCAACUCUUGCUCCCCUGGAGGUAUUAUAGCUAGGAUUAUUGAACAAGAAUCAUAGAUAUACUCUAGAUAUCCACUUCAAGAAUUCCAUUCUCCUUCGUCAUCUUGACUCCUCCUUAUUGCAGUGCCGGCCGUAGUACCGAAUGAGUUCACGCGGUUGAUCACAGCAGACACAACGAUUCAUGUAAAUCAGACGACGCAUAAAAGUAACCGGACUUUCGUUGGUACAAAUAGUGACGAGUACCAGGGAAGCGGCAGCGCAGGACAGAAACCGAGUAUUAUAACUUUUCUCAGUUUAUUUUUGUUUACUUCGCUAUGCAUCCGCGUCGUAGGGUCUAUCCCAGGAUUAUCAUUAGUUAAAUGUAAGAGUAUUGUAUGAUUGGAUUGGUUCUGUCGCAAUGCCAAUCGCAACUGAUCUAACUAGUAAAAGAUGUACUCAUCGUCCUCCGAUCAGGUGGCGACUUCUAUGGCGGCUUCUCCACAGUGAGUACGCGUGUUUCAGGCCGUGACCCAUGGAAAGUACAGAGGUUUGGAUCUUAUGCGGCCAGAUGGAUAGCGAAAUCGAUAGUGUCCUCAAAGCUUGCAGCCCGUGCGCAGGUGACCCUUAGCUACGCCAGUAACUACGCAGAGCCAUGUGGUAUCGAAAUUGACCUCCUUGGAACCGGUACUGCAGCGGCCGCAGAGAAAGGCUUAUGAUGAAAAUGAGAUCUCCCUUCUAAUAGUGAAGAGCUUGGUCUUUUUCUUGAUAGAGAGGUUAAUUGAUUUCUCUUCAGGAUCAACUUCAGAGUGGCCAAAGUAUUUCGAUAUUCUUCUGACUCCGUAACCCGACUUCCAGUUCUAUCUCCCAUUGCUACUUUUCCUCGCCUUUCUUCAUAAUCGAACCUUGUCGCGCUAGUGCAGCGGAAUUUCGAUUUGCGGAUAGGGUCAGUCGUCCGAGCACUUAACCUGACAACUGUUAAUUACAAGUCACUCUCCACGUUCGGCCAUCUAGGGCAAGGAGAUGUGAAAGCCUUCCCAUGGGAAGAAGUGCGGCCGCUUCAAUAAUUUUUCCCCUUUCACCACCUCAGCAUAUUUUACGCAUCGUCCUCGCUCUCAGAAUCUCGGGAAUAAGACCAUACAGAUAUCGCUACACUCGAUGAUCAUUUUCCUAGAAGGUUUCAUCCGUAUUGGUAAUAUGAUUCGAAAAUCGGGAGACAUCACCAUGGUAAAUCGUCGUAGGUCGAAG